UAAAACUGAAGAUGGGUUUUGCAGGGUUCCAAGUGUUGAUGGUUUUGAGUCUUUUGGCCACAUCAUGCAUAGCCCAGGCCCCAGGAGCUGCACCCACAGCCUCACCCCCAACCGCCACGCCGCCAACCGCCACCCCACCAACCGCCACCCCACCAACCGCUACACCGCCAUCAGCCGUACCAGUUCCAUCACCCAGCAAAACACCAACCGUGUCACCAACUCCAUCACCCAGCAAAACACCAACCGUGUCACCAACUCCAUCACCAGUGACAGCACCAACACCAAGCGCCUCCCCACCAGCUUCCACACCAGCUUCCACACCAUCUGCUGAGUCUCCAUCGUCCCCACCUGCUCCCUCUGGCCCAAGCCCGAACUCCCCACCGGCUGAGGCUAUUCCUCCAAGUGGUACCUCCGCCAUCAGCCGCGUUGUUAUUGCUGGAACUGCUCUUGCUGGAGUCUUCUUCGCCGUUGUGUUGGCUUAGAUUCAUGGGGUUUACCCUUUCGGGUUUUGCUAUUCGUCCACAUGGAGACUCCUCAUCGGCUCUCAGAUCUGGGUUUUGAUGGACGGUCGAGAUCUAUUAUUUUCUUUUUCUUCUAUUGUUUAAUUUUGUUAGUGUUUUUUUGUUUUUUUUUUAGAUUUGUUUAACUUUGUGUGUUUUCAAUCCAUAUGGUGAUUAUUGGGUUUGGCAGUUUCUUGGUGGAUUUGGACGGUCGUGAUGUGAUUAAUUACGGUGAUUCAUUGUUUUACAGUCGACACGUGCACCCAUUUGUAGAUGAGUCGUUGGAUGUACAUCUAUCUGAUCAUAGUUGAAUAAAACAGUUUGUCAUUCUUUUUCUUA